AUGGGUUGCUGUAGCCACUUCAAUUUCCUCUUCCUCUGUUUUCUUCUUAUCUUGUCCAACAUCAUCUCCACCUCCAUAGCCAAGAAAUCUUCUUCUUCACAUCCACCUAUCAAAACCCUGGUUCUUCCUGUAACCAAGGUCCACUACUAUCCAGGACCAGACCAAUAUGUCAUUAAGAUCAAACAGAGGACCCCUCUGCUUCCCAUAAAGCUAACCAUAGAUCUUGGCCUUGACAACCCUUUUAUGCAUUGUGACCAAGCCUAUGUCUCUUCCACUUAUAAGCCUAUAAAUUGCAGCUCACCUGUUUGCUCUUAUGCCAACUAUCCAUUCGAGUAUUGUUCCAACUGUCCCAAUGGUGGUGUACUUAAUACUCCGGGCUGCCACGAUAACACUUGCCAGGCCUAUAGCAUCAAUAAUAUUAGUGGGAGACCAGGUAGUGGUGAGUUAUUCCAAGACAUCGUCUCUGUCAAGUCCAUCAAUGGCCGGUCUGUUUCUGUGCCUAACUUCCUCUUCAUUUGCUCCCACACCGGCUCGUUGCUUAAACUUGCUAAUGAUGUCCAAGGUAUGGCUGCUUUUGGAGUGAGCAAUAUUUCAUUCCCUUACCAAUUUACCGCAGCUUUUGGACUGGAAAAGAAGUUUGCAAUUUGUUUGAGCCCCUCGGAAAAAUCUAAUGGUGUCAUCUUCUUUGGGAAUGGACCUUAUGUUCUGCAACCUGGAAUUGAUGUUUCCAUGUCUCUUACCUAUACCUCUCUCAUCACAAACUACUUUGUUAAGGAAUAUUACCUUUUAUUGAAGGCUAUCAAGAUCAAUGGCAAGUUUGUUCCUUCUGAUAAAUGGCAAUACAAGCUAACCUUCGACUACGAUAAGGGUGGCAAUGGUGGAACAAAGAUUGGCACUCUCCUUCCCUACACUGUCAUGGAGAGCGACAUAUUUUCUUCUGUCGUUGAUGAAUUUGUGAAAGCAUUGGGCAAGAACAUCCCGAGAGUAGCAAAUGUGGCUCCAUUUGAUGUUUGCUUUAACUCAACUGGCAUUGCUAGAUCACGCCUGGGCCCGGCUGUGCCUACCAUUGAACUUGUGUUUCAGAACAAAGCAGUUUGGAAGAUAUUUGGAGCUAACUCCAUGGUUCAAGCUGCCAAGGAUGUCAUGUGUCUUGCGUUCGUAAGUAAAAAGGAAGGUUUCUGGUCGACGGCUGCAAUUGAGAUUGGAGGUUAUCUAUUGGAAGACAAUCUUAUUCAGUUUGAUCUAGAUAAUAACAGAGUUGGAUUCAGCUCUUCUCUACUCUCCAAACAAACUUCUUGCUCCAACUUCAAGUAUACAAAUCAUGCUUAA